AUUUCCUUUUCCGAUGUGGAGUUACUUAGCACUUUUUUUUUCGGAUCACAAAAAAGCGAAAAUCGAUACAACGGCGGAUGAAUUUGGAGUAACAGUAAACAGUAAAACAAAAACCCUACUUCCCGCUCUCAUCGUGGCAAGAACUAUCUAUACUAUUUUUGUACCAAGCGGCUGAUAGAGCGAAAAAAUGGAUCCCCACCACUUCCAAUUUGGGAAGUGGGUGAAGCGAACGAACUCUGAGCCCGCGAAGAGACCGUCGAAGCCGGUGCCAAACAGAAAGAAAGACCCGGCCGGGGAAGGGUACGGGAGCUUGUACGGAGCGGACUUUACACCACACCCAGGUGCGGGGAUCUGGGCUAACCCACGAAGAUGGGAGGGGAUAAGGAACAUGUAAUUCACUAUGAGAGAAAUUCAAAAUUCUGUUACCGUUUUUCCUAGCACUCAAGCGUUUGUGCAAGCCUCGGAAUAAGUUUUUAGUACUGUAAUGAGAUAAGACAUCAAAGUCAACGACAAACGUAAAACAAACAGGUUCUCAGAGAAGCCGCGACUGCCCCACCAAAAGUUCGCAAAGACGCCUUCAAAGAACGCCAUGCUAUUCGCGGAGCCGAGUUCCACAUGGACUACGGACUACAGACAGAAUAUCGGUCACUUCACGUUUGCAGAAGGUAAGUAGUGAAAACCAGGCAAACGAUUUGUACUUGUGGGGGUCGUCUUGACUCAGCUGAUGUGCAGCUCUUGUUGCUCCUGCAUCUUCUAAAGUCAAAAAAUCACCUUUACUACAGGUAUAGCCCAGAAAAGACAAAAGUGCCAGCUUGGGCAGGGGCGUGGUAGCCAAGCUUUUGAGGAAGACGGAGUUGGCAUGAACUCGACAAGCAAAUUCUGGACAAGCGACUACAGAGCAGGACCGGGAAGCAAGAAAACGCCAGAGCAGAUGGUACUUACUCGCUUGUCGAUUUUAAUGGAAUCGUAUGUCUCGCAGACUCUCCGUAAGGAAAUUGUUGCUCAGUAAGUCGCUCGUGACAACAAGUAUAGUUCGCACACAUUGCAUUCAACGAGUGAUCAACAUGAUGAAAAAAUCACAAAGGCGCGCGCCAAACGGGAACCACCAGAAGCGUUCAAGUCAAAAAUGCCGCCCUACUACGAGAGAAUCCAUCCACACUGGGGCGACCUGAAGGACAAUCCCUACGCAACCGGCUACAAAGGAUGUAAAAAAACAUUGUGGUUGAAUUUGAAAAUCGGUCGAAUUCGAAGGGGGCCUCGCUGCAUUUUUAGGUUGUGAAUGCAUGGCACAAGAAAGAAAGAAGAAUGAGAAUCAUAUUCGAACAAAUGAAACCAUCAAACAGGGCUCGCAUCCGACUACCAGGAGGGUAGCGGCUACCGUGACGAACCGAAGAUCUACCGCGCCACGCGACACAGCAAGGAUGAGUACCGCUACAUCCGAGGGUGCUUCCACUACCCGAUCAAGCCUCUGGUGGGCUACUAGACCCGGGUAGUUGAACGUGUUACAGUGGAGUCCAGUGACUUCGACGUACAUUUACAGUUACAGGUUACAGUAUGAAUUUACACAGGUUUCAGAAUUUGACAUCACAGUUUUCCCACGGCGCUUGUUGCCAGUGAAAACUUUUACAAAAGUUGUCAAAGUUUAGAAGCAGAAGUGCCAUUUACUAUGUUAGCUUUGAAGAUGUCAUGAUACACAUCUACGUGGUCUUUGCCGGUGCCCCCUUGUAGAUUUGAUUCCGGGUCAUAAAGCGCAGUUUCCUUGUACCUUACCUCUGGACGAUGUUUCAACAUCGAACUCUUUGUACAAAAACCACUUGAUGAAGACGAACACGGUAGGAAUAAUUCGAUGGAACAAGUCACAUGGAUUUUGAUUCGAAUCCCAAAAAUCAAGGAGCGCGGGCUCGUUCGUUGUGAGUGUCAAGGGGAAGAUAGAAAGACGAC